UUUAAUUUGAUGAAAUUUUAUGGGGGGCAAACAGGGGCUUGAUUAAAAUCAUAUUUUAAUUGAAAUCAAAUAUGGACUUAAUUGAGUCUAUUACAUAAUGACAACUAAAAUGAACAUAGUGUAGCAUUGAUAAUGGCAAAUUACACUAUUCAAUUAGUAAAGCCAUUCAAAGCUUGAGAUGAUAAGAUCAAGUGAACUUGCCAUCUAUAUUUAUAUAUGUAUAUAUUUAGCCUCUAUACGGUGGAAAUUAUAAUUAAAUUUUUAGUAAAUUUUAAUAAAAAUUGAUAAAAUAUGUAGUUGAAUUGAUGUGGAUCCCAUGAAAUGCUUGAUUAUUUUUUAUUUUGACUUUGACUAAAAUCGGACUUAGUGUAAAAAUGGUCAAUUAUGGUAACACUCAAAGAUUGAAAGGUCAACGAUAAUGGGAUUCAAAGUCUAUCAUUCCUUUCCAGUAGUGCUUGUCCAUGAAAUUUUGUGAAAAAGAAAAAAAAAAGGAAGAAAGAAAGAAAAAAGCUCCACAGGGACUUAUUACAUACUAUAUAUAUUGCAUUACAGAUGCCAAGUGGCACAUUUUCUAUCCUCUGUUUAAGCUAUUUGUAGCGAAAAAGAGAGAGGGAGAGACAUGGAAGAAUUGUGCGAUAUUGCAAAAGCUCACUAUCGGGCAGGCUCUCAACAAGUUCAGGCUUUAGCACUUACAUUCUUCAAUUCAAUGGACAGUGAUGGCGAUAGCCGGAUUGAUCUGGGAGAGUUCCUAGAAUUUACGAGUCAGAAAUGCCAAUCUCGGAUUAAUAGUCAUUCCUUUUUCAAGAAGUUAGAUUGAGAUGGGAAUGACACACUGGGUUUCUGGGAAGUAAUGACUUUAUACUACAUCAUAAAAACCGGGAGGCCAUUUUUCAGUUUUUGCGAUAACUUUAUGCCGGGAAUAUUUUUCUCAUGUGUGGGUUGCUCUUUCACCCUAUGCCGUGGUUGUUAUACGUCUUCUAAAUGUGAUCACAAUCGCAAUGGCCGCACUCGGUAUUUGGACAACUACACAUUGCUCCAAGUCACCCGAGAUACAACACAUGCAACAGGGAUUAAGAAAGACAAGCAACCAACUACAACAUCAAUUAUUCCAACAUCUGAAGAGCCAACUACAACAUCAAUUGUUCCAACACGUAAAGAGCCAACUACAACAUCAAUUGCUCCAGCAAGUAAAAAGCCAACAACAACAUCAAUUGUUCCGGCAAGUAAAUAGCCAACAACAACAUCAAUUGUUCCAGCAAAUAAAAAGCCAACUACAACAUCAAUUGUUUCAGCAAGUAAAAAGCCAACUGCAAAAUCAACUGUUCCAGGAAGUAAAAAGGUCAGUUUUCCACAUCCUUAAGUUUUUAUAUACUUGAAAAAAAAUCUUGAUAAAUUGGGACCACUUGGAAAUUUGUCAUAUUAUAUUUUUAGAAAAAUGGAAUGUAGCAUUUAAAGCAUUUGAGGUAGUUCUUGCAAUUCUCAACACUUUGAUUGUUCACGCA